AAAUUACGAAAAAAUAACAAAAAGCAAAGAAGCUUUUUGGAGGCAAACAUAUUGUUUGGUACAUUUUUGAAAGGUUAGGUAAUCCAGUCAUUCAACAUGCGGUUUCUUUGUUUUUUGUGUAUCUUAAUUAUUAAUUUUGGUGAUUUUUCUCAUGGAUUUUUCAAAGUGUCUCGAGUUCGUGAACAGCCUGAACAGAUUCAUUUAUCACUUGGAAGAAAUUCAACUGAAAUGGUGGUUACUUGGACAACUUUUGAUAAGAUAAAGGGACCAACUGUUGAAUAUGGAGUCAAGAAGUUUAAUCAGUCAAUCGAAGGGAAAUCAACUAAAUUUGUUGAUGGUGGAUCAGAGAAAAGGUCAAUGUAUAUACACAGAGCUGUAAUGACUAAUCUCCAACCAGGACAAACAUAUGUUUAUCGUGUUGGAAGUGAAUCUGGUUGGAGUCCGAUUUUCUGGUUUACUGCAGUCAAGGACGGGUCUGAUUGGAGUCCAAGAUUAGCAGUUUAUGGCGAUUUGGGCAAUGACAAUGCCAGAACUCUUCCAAGAUUACAAAAAGAUGCUCAAAAUGGACAAUUUGAUGCAAUCCUUCACGUCGGGGACUUUGCCUACGAUUUGAACUCGGAUAAUGCUCGGAUAGGUGAUGAUUUCAUGAGACAAAUUGAGCCUAUUGCUGCUUAUGUGCCUUAUCAAACUUCAGUUGGAAACCACGAACAAGCUUACAACUUCUCCAAUUAUGUCAAUCGCUUUUCCAUGGUUGAUAGCAGCACAGGACAAAUCAACAAUCAUUUCUACAGUUACAACCUUGGACCUGCUCACAUAAUCAGUUUUUCAACUGAAUUUUAUUUCUUUCUUGAGUACGGGCGAAGCCAAAUGUAUACACAAUAUGAUUGGCUGGAAAAGGAUUUGAUUGAAGCCAAUAAACCUGAGAAUCGAGCUGUAAGACCUUGGAUUAUAACGCUUGGUCAUAGACCUAUGUACUGUAAUACAAAAGACACCGAUGAAUGCAGAUAUCGUGAUAAUGUGAUAAGAAAAGGAAUCCCCGUUUUCCAUGUUCUUGGAUUAGAAGACCUGUUUUAUAAAUAUGGUGUUGACUUAGAGAUUUGGGCUCAUGAACAUCUUUAUGAAAGACUUUGGCCAAUUUAUGAUGAACAGGUUUACAAUGGCAGUCUAUCUGAACCAUACACUAAUCCAGGAGCUCCAGUUCAUGUAACAACUGGAUCAGCGGGUUGCCGCGAAGGGAUUGACCCAUUUGUCAUUAAUCCUGCCAAUUGGAGUGCCGUUCGUAUCUCUGAUUAUGGUUUCUCUCAGAUUACCAUUCAUAAUAAAACUCAUUUAACAUUUGAGCAACUUUCUGCUGAAAAGGAUCAUCAAGUUGUUGACCAUUUUACAAUCAUCAAGGCAAAACAUGGUCCAUACAUUAAGAAGACAGUUUAAUGUUAAUGAAGAACAUUAAAUCUUGCAAGAGUUGAUUGUAACGCACAACCUGUGACUGUAUCAAGUCAGACCUUUUUUCAGUAUUAAAUUAUAUCCUAUUUUGUACAUUUAUACAAUUCUAUGUGAAAUAAACAUUUACCGAGUAACUAACGAGUUAGUUUACUUGGAAACUUUAUUUCUUUAA